GCUGAAAACAUUCCUGUCCUAUGAAGCAAGUCUGUUUGUAUUUCAGGUUUGCCAGGACUAAUGAAUUAAAAAUCUUGGGCUCACUACAGUUUUCUGCUUAAUAAUGCCUGUGACAGAAGGAUUUUUUCCUCCCUGAAGUGUGACAGCAUCAUAAUCCCUCAUCCCUGGCAAGGAGAGGAAGGAAAAGCAGAAUUGUGGAGAAAAGUGGAAAAGGGUUAUCUUUUGGGACAGCAAAGCCUAUGGGAAGUGCAGGUAGCAGCAUGUUGCCCUGACAGCUGUCUCAGCUUCUCAGACCUUGUCAGUUUGUUGCUAUGCAGCAGGUGCAGCCUUUUCUUUUAUUGAAGCUUUACUCCAUAAAGGCAACGACAAGCCAAGGCAGUGGCUGGCCCUGGAUUAUACAAGUGCAGACACUCCGCUAAGUGAGGGUUUCAUCACAAUAAAACCAGUUUUUGGAAUUGAUGGUCUCAGAAGAAAGGCGGAGGACUGAGUAAGGUCCCGACCCAGGAGCCAAAUCCAUGCAGACAGACCCCAACACUUGCACAGGCUUCCACUGAAGAAUCACCACCAAGAACCAGGCAGCAUUGCCACGAGUCAAGGCUUGCUGAAGGGGCAAUGGCGGGGAGCAAGCAGCUGGAACAAACAAGUAAAAACAUUGACUCAAGUGCCCACAUGAUCACCACCGCCAGGGUACCUGCUGAUAAGCAAGUACGAAUUGCCUUCAGCCUUAAUGAUUCCCCAGAUGAUGCUUCCCCUGAAAACUUCUCUUUGGCAUUUCCAGAACUAGAUCAGCAGCUGCAGCCUCUGCCUCCUUGUCAUGACUCUAAGGAAUCUAUGCAGGUGUAUAAACAGCACUGCAAAAUAGCAGAAGAGUACCAUGAGGUCAAGAAAGAAAUUGCCCUGCUGGAAGAAAGAAAAAAGGAGCUGAUUGCCAGACUGGAACAAGUGGAGAAAGAAAGCAUGGAUGCUGCUCAGCUGGCUAAGGAGUAUGCAGAACUGACAGAGGAGAACCGAACACUGAAGCUGGCCCAGACACAGUGCGUGGAGCAACUGGAAAAGCUCAGGAUACAGUACCAAAAAAGACAGGGCUCCUCAUAACUCCCAGCUGGCAUCAUGCAGGGUUGGUCCUGUGCUGGAAAGAUAUUUUAAAAUAAAAAUCUGUUUAAUAUGUUACAACACUUUACUACAGAUACAGAGUAUGUAGAAGUCUAUAUUUGAUCUAAUGCUUGCCUCCCAGUAGCUUAAUAUAAUGGAUAUUUCAUCUGUUAUAUAAUGGAUGUUUUAUUUCAAGUAAUGUAAUUGAAGUUAAUCUAUCCCAUUAUAUGUUCUAGUGGAUCAGGUUUCUUUUCUAAACAUAUUUCUUCCAAUUUAAGAAGAUAUGGACACACUAGAAAAUUAUAUAAAUAGUCUCUGUGUUGGAAAUUUGGAUCAUACUGAGGCAUAAGGCAGGGACAAUGUUAAUAUAUGGAAUAAAUGUAUGUUAAUUUUAGUUUGGUGAAUUCUUUUUAAAUUAUUUUCCUCGUGCCUAAAGUGUUUGGAAGUUAUCUUGAAGCAGAUCUCCUCACUAGUAAAAACUAUACUUCAUGUCAUCGUCACACUGUUGUAUGAAAUUUGCAAAAUUGCACAUUAAAAAUUGAAGUAGCAAAAUCUUUUUUUUACCAAAAGGUGCACUGCCAAUGAUAAUUUGCAAGUUAUAAAAUUAAAAGGAAACUGAUGAGAUCAAACUUUCCUUCCUCAAGUGUAAAGAUUACUUGAGUGUCAUUUUUUUGUACUUUUUGGCAUGCAAGAAAUGAAAAAUUAAUGUAAGAAUCAUAGUUUCAUCAUAGUUUCAACUGAGACUAUGUCAGUAAAAUUAUUGUGAGGUUCUUUUGUUCUUAUUUUCUGGUCUACUUUGAAACAGAAAUGGCUGUAAGUAGGGACAGGAGUUCCUGUGGUACACAAAUAACUGGGAAGAAAAAUGUCAGUUUUACUUGUUCUAUUUAUCCCUAUAUUUUCUUAGAUCAGCUUAAAGAUCUUCGUUAUACUUCCAUUUCUAUUCAUACAGCAGUUUUUUUCAUUAAAAGUGGAUGUAGAAAAGUUGUUUUAUGUUCUGAACGUUCUCAAAUCACCUUGUAUUUUAAACUCUGCUUGACAGAUGCAGCUUGUUACAUCUUGAGCUGGGAAUUCAACUUAAUGUGUUAUUAAUACUGAAAUGUGUCUUACAAAUUGAAAACUAUGAACUUAAGAUUUGCACCAGGACUUUAGCUUUGAUCAUUAUCAUUAAUCUAUCAUGAAAAUGGAAUUUCAUGUUAAUCAGAAUAAUUCCUGGCAGCAAAGGGGACGAAAAAUUAAUUACAAGCUGCCUGUAAUUUUUCUGUGCUGAUUGCCUACAGUGUUCCCUGCAGCACAGGUGUGGAAACUGGCUCUGUGUUACUCCAAGCAACUGGCACUGCAGCAGGAGAGUGUGAAGAGGGAGCAGGAAAGGAUAACCUUGUUCCCACAUCUCCUCCUGAGCCACCAGGGCAGCAUCAGCAUCAGCAUCCAAACCUAGCACUGCUUCCUGCUGUACCUGGGAAAUCACCACUCUUGAGGCAUGGCUUCCUGAUGGGAUGCGCCCUGAGCAAUGUAACACUGGGUUUAUUCCUCUUAUUAUCUGAGGAUCCAAUUUUCACUGUACCUUGUGGAAGUUGAGGAGGGAAAAAAAAAACAUAGCUAAUAAAAACCACUUGGAAUACUGGG